AUGUUGUCAGCAGUCAGGUCGGAGGAGGGCGCGGGGCGCGCGCGGGAGCUGCGGGCGUACGGCAGGGAGCACGGGCUGGCGGUGCGGCCCGGCGCCGGCGAGGGCCCGGCGGGGCUCGCGCUGGCCGCGCUGUUGGCCGCCGCGCUGAGACACAACGGCUACAGCGACGUACGCCUCCGCAAACAGAACGACGACCAUAUGUUCGAGAUGAAUGUGAGGCCGAGAGAAGAGUUCCUGCAGCGCGCGCGGCUACAGACGCGGCCGGGGCCGGGCUGCGCGCCCGCCGCUGCGACCUGGCCGCCCCCCGCUGCGCCUUCCGCGCCCUCCGCGCCCUCCGCGCCCUCCGCGCCCUCCCGGUGCGCCUUCCUCAGCGUGGCCGACCUACCGCCUGACUGGAGACUUCACUUGGCGAGGUCCGAGGCGGGCGAGGCGGGCGAAUGCGCGCAGUGCGCAGUGUUGGUGGCGCCGGCGCGGCUGGCCGGCGAGGCGAGCGCGCUGGUGCGGCGCGCGACGUGCUCAGCGCGACCGCUGCGUAUCUUGCUGGGGGAGCCGCUGAUGGCACUCGUGGCCGGACUCAACCGUUCAUUGCUGCUUUUCGACAGACCUCUCGAGGUCUACGAUAGCUCCGUACGAGCCGUGUCCGAACCGCCUUAUUGCAAUCCCGAUACGCGAUCACAUCGUCUCGACGAAUUUAAUUUGCGAAUACCGAUAUCGGGUAAAGCUACCGUACGGUUAGAUAGAUUUGCACCCCACGUCAGGCGAGUCGUCGAGAGCUUCGCUCCGAGUGCCGCAGAUAUAAGAAAAGUGCUCGCAUAUAAAUUGCAGCGCGACGCCGACAUCGAGGAGUACGCCUGCGACUGGGCCCUGACGAACCUGCGAAAGACCGAUCGGGCUUCGGAGAAUCGAGUCAUCUUAACGAUACGUUUAUAUCUAUGCGGGGACGACCCCGACCGCGGUGAAUAUGAAAACAUGUGCAAGGCCGUUUUCGGCAACGCAUCGAUCACCGACGUGACGACGAGUCGUCCGACGACCGUCGCCGCGAUCACUAUCGAAUAUAAGACGAUCGACUGCGAACGCGGCGACGUCAUCGGUGAUGAAUUAUUUUUAGCAAAGGACGAGUGGAGCGAGCAGCACGUGGUCGGCUGGCUGGCCGCGAGUGCGGGCGCCGGCGCGGCGCACAAGGCGGAGGAGAUAGCCCGCCCGCUGCUGGCGUACGGGGCGCCGCCGGCCGGCCUGCGCCCCAACAGAGUGGUGCGCGGCGUCGCGGGCUCCGCGCGGCUGCUGGCGCUCGCCUACCUGCACCUCCUCGAGGAGUGCGGCGUGCGGCGCCUCGCCGUGCUCGCGGAUAGAACGACGCUGGCCGACGAGCUCACGGAUGCGAUUCGCGACAGUUCUAUAGUGAUACGCCAGCGAAACGUAACGUCCUUGGAAAGCAUCGAAAACGCUCUGCGGGAGUUCAGAGAUGCAGAUGCGCGGGUGUACUUCGUGAACGCCAACGCGACAAUGAGCGCGGAGGUGAUGUGCGCGGCGCGGCGCCUGCGCAUGGCGACGAGCGGGGAGUACCUGUGGGUGGUGCGCGAGUGGCGCGGGGCGGGGCGCUGCGGGCCGGGCGAGCCGCGCCCGCUGGCGCUGGGCGUGGCGUGGCGCGGGGCGACGGGCGCGGAGUGGUGGCGGGGCGGCGGGGACGAGCUGGCGGCGCUCGAGGCGCGCUGGCCCGACCGCGCCUGGCCGCCGCUGGCCGCGCCGAUCUUGGACGGCUUGCGACUUCUCAAUAGGACGGUUGUGGAUUUCGUCAGCGAUCGCCCUGACAGCGUUUACGACCGUUACGUCUUCGGGAAUACCCAAAAUUUUGAUACGGCUAUUAAUACAACGAAAUUCCAAGGAAUCGUCCAGGAAGUGGUAUACAACAGAAGUACGUACGAGGUGUCCAGCUCGCUGGUGUUCGUGGAGCGGUGGAGAGACGCGCGGCGCGAGCUGCUGGCCGUGUGGCGCGCGGACGCGGCCGGCGUGCGCCAGCUGGCCCCCGCGCGCCGGCCGUGCUGCCCGCGCGCCCCGCCCGACCCGCGCUGCUACACCACGCGCUCCGGGGACGCCUUCGCGCCCCGCUGCCACGACAACGUCUGGUGGGUCUGUCUGGCGGUGUCGGUGCUGACUCCCAUCGCGCUGACGUACGCGCGUCGUGCGCGCCUCCGCCGGCUCAAGCUGCGCGACCUCGCUCUGUUCGAGCAGCUGCAGGAGCAGCGUAAGAACAAUUCCUCGAAGUUCAGUUCGAAGCUGGUGUCGCGCAACCAGUUCGAGCUGCGCGAGGAGCUGGGCUUCGGGGCGUACGGGCGCGUGCGCGUCGCGGUGCUGCGGCGGCCGGGCGCGCCCGCGCUCGCCGUGGCGGCCAAGGAGCCCGCCGUCGAGCGCCUUCAGGACGAGGCGGAGCUCAUCCGCGAGGCGGGGGUCUUGGCUUCUCUGAAUCACGAAAAUAUCAUACGUUUCGAGGGAGUGUGCUUGGAUGGUCGGGCGGUAUUCUUUAUGGAAUACGCCUUUUUCGGGGACUUGCGGCAUUACCUGCGCGCGCGCCGCCCGCUAGCGGAGUCCGCGAGUCUCGAGGGCGAAGCGGAGGCGGAGGCGGAGGCGGAGGCGACGGAAGCGGCCCACGUGUCGGCCGCGGCGCUGACGCGGCUGGCGCGACAGGCGGCCGCGGCGCUGCGCUACCUGGAGGCGCGCCGUAUCGUUCACCGCGACAUACGAGCCGCCAACUGCCUGGUCGACGAGACGCGGAACCUGAAACUCGCCGACUUCGGACUCGCACGCCACCUCGCCGAAGAGGAGGAAGAAUACAUAUGGCAAAAUCUCAGACGUCUGCCUGCCGCUUGCAUGGCGCCCGAGAGCCUCCUGAGCGGCGUGUUCUCCGCGGCGUCGGACGUGUGGGCGCUCGGCGUGCUCAUGCUGGAGCUGGUGACGCUGGGCGAGCCGCCGUACGGCGCACGCAGCACCGCGGACAUCGUGGCCGGCCUGCGCGCCGGAGACCAUCCGCCGCUGCCCGCUAACGCCUCGCCCGACACACGGCACUUGCUGCUGUGGUGCUGGCAGCGGUGUCCCGGCAAGCGGCCCAGCGCGGCGCAAGUGCGUGACGCUCUGGAGCAGCACGGCGCAGCGCUCGCCCCCGCCCUGCGCCACGAGCAUCCCGCGCUCACCGAGCAUCCCGCGCUCACCCCGCACACCGAGCACCCCGCGCUCACCGAGCAUCCCGCGCUCACCCCGCACACCGAGCACCCCGCGCUCACCGAGCAUCCCGCGCUCACCCCGCACACCGAGCACCCCGCGCUCACCCCGCACACCGAGCAUCCCGCGCUCACCGAGCACCCCGCGCUCACCGAGCACCCCGCGCUCACCCCGCACACCGAGCACCCCGCGCUCACCCCGCACACCGAGCAUCCCGCGCUCGCCGAGCAUCCCGCGCACCCCUGA